GUGGGGGACCAGCAGUCCACUUGGCUUCCCACCCCCCCAGCCCCUGAAGAAUAACUUAUUUGAAUAACAGCCUAGAAGAGGUGGGGUUGCGGAGGAUCUGUCAUCAAGGGUUUUUAUGGGUGGGGCCUAGGGACGCGAGGGAAGAGAGGGAGUGGUCCGCGGGUAGGGUUGACGAGCAGACAAAAUGUGGGGCCCCUGUCCCUUCAAGUGCAACUUGUCUCUUCCUGAGCGAGGAGCAAGGCAUUCGUAGUGCCUCUCCCGGGGGCACGCCGAGGAGAGAAAAUCGACCAAGAGUGGACGGAGGGAAAAGCGAGACAUGCUCUCCACGAAACAGUCCCCUGCCCUGGCUCCGGAAGAGCGCUACCGCCCAGCCCUGGCCCCUGAGCGGGUCUUGGGAGCUGAAGAUGAUAACAGGGGUGAUGGCUGCUUGCGGAAGCUGACGACUGUGAAUGCGCUUCGUUUCCUCUUGCUGGUCCUGAUUCCAUGCAUCUGUGCUGUCAUCGUCCUGCUGGUGAUCCUGCUCUCCUUUGUUGGAACAUUAAAAAAGGCCAAUUUUAAAUCAAAUGGGAGUGAACCUUUGGUCACUGAUAGUAAAGUCCACAUGUCUGAUGUUAUUCUUCUGAGUACAGUUCAUAACGAGAGCACUGUGACAUCCGCUGUCCAUCCCACCCAACACAUUCCAGCCUGGACCAUGGAUGUUUCUCUCCCAGCAGACCAUAAUCACGGGAACACAGGUGCCUGCAUGAACAUCACUCACAGCCAGUGUCAGAUAUUGCCCUACUACACCACGCUGACAUCUCCCCUCUCCAUUGUCAAAAGCAUGGAAAUGGAGAAGCUCCUCAAAUUCUUCACAUACCUCCAUCGCCUCGGUUGCUAUCAACAUAUCAUGCUUUUUGGCUGCAGCCUGGCCUUUCCCAAGUGCAUCAGGGAUGGUGCUGACAGUCAUGGACUCCUGCCUUGUAGAUCCUUCUGUGAAUCUGCAAAAGAGGGCUGUGAGUCAGUCCUGGGAAUGGUGAAUGCCUCCUGGCCCAGUUUCCUCAAAUGUUCACAGUUUAGAAACCAAAGUGAAAACAGCAAUGUCAGCAGGAUUUGCUUCUCACCACAGCAGGAAAACGAAAAGCAAUUGCUCUGCAGAGGGGGCGAGAGCUUUCUGUGCACCAGUGGCAUCUGUAUCCCCAGGAAACUGCAGUGUAACGGCUACAACGACUGCGACGACUGGAGUGACGAGGUUCACUGCA